AUGCGCUCGCCUCCUCAUUCCUCCCCCUCCCUCCCCAUCCCACCCCACCUCUUUGCUCCCAUAUCCCACCCCUCCCAGGAGGAUGGUUUCCGGCCGGGGCUGGUGGGAGGGCUGCUGGCGCGCGAGCGAGUGCUGGCGAUAGUGGCAGGGCGGUACUUCACACUCGCCAUCUCGCAGCACGGGGCAUCCCCCCAGCAUCCACUGGAUGCUGCAUCCAGCCCGGCAGCGGGGGCGGCGGGGGGGAAUAUUUCCGUGGACGAGUUCGCGCUGGCGAUGCGCGUGGGGGGCGUGCUGCGGCGCGUGGGGGUGUCGACGGUGGCGGCGAGCGGGCACACCCUGGCAGUGACUCCGGGGGGCGUGGUGCUGUCGUGGGGGUGCGACUGGGACGCGCGCAGGCGCCCCGCGGGGCUGCUGGGGCGCGCGGACGGCGCGUUCUGGCGGCCUGCGCCGCUGGAGGGGCUGACGGGGGAAGGGCAGGUGGUGGCGGUGGCGACAGGGCAGUAUCACUCCGUUGCUGUGAUGGAGAGCGGUAGGGUGUUCACGUGGGGGCUCAACAACAGGGGCCAGCUGGGCCGACCAAUCAAGAGCAAGGAGGACGGCUUCCGGCCUGGGCUGGUGGGAGGGCUGCUGGCGCGCGAGCGAGUGCUGGCGAUAGUGGCAGGGCGGUACUUCACACUCGCCAUCACACAGCACGGCCGCCUCUUCACCUGGGGCGCCAACCUCUACUCCGGUGACGCCCCCUGGCGCCACGAGCACGACUCGGGCUUCGAUGACGAUACCGAUGCCGCUGCUGAUGAGUUCUCAGACAAAAUACCCGCAGGCACGACCGGGAGCAGCAGUGAGAGGGAGGCGUGGCGGCAGCGGCUGAGAAACGCAGCGCUGGCAGCGGCGCAGCCGAGGGUGGUGGAGGCGGGGGUGGAGGGGGAGCAGGUAGUGGAGGUGGACGUGGGCACGGACCACUGGGUGGCGCUCACAGGGUCGGGCAUGGUGCUCGUGUGCCACACUGGGUUCACUCCUCAGGGGAUAAGGAUUGACACCGAGCAACACAGAUCGUGGCUGGGAGUGGCGCCCGGGGUUCCCCUUGACCGCCCUGCUGCUGUGCGCGUGCCCCCGCAUCUGGGCUCCCAUCCUACUGGUGGUGGUGGUGGAGGGGAGGAGGGAAGGGCGGUGGGGCCGAAGGUGCAGUCGGUCGCAGCGGCGCACCACACGACGUUUGCAGUGACGGCGGAAUACAAGGCUGUGUCGUGGGGCGAGGCGGGGCCACUGGUGGGGCGCGCGUGGGGGGACGGCCAGGAGCAGGUGCCGGCGAAUAAGCCGGGGGUUGUGGGGAGCGGAGGAGGAGGAGGGGUGGCGGGAGGGGAGGGGGUGGUUGGGUUGGAUCGGCAGACGGUGGAGCAGGUGUCGGCUGGAGAGGGCUUUGCUGUGGCGAGGCUGAGCCAUGGCGUGGUGUACUCGUGGGGCGACAACCAGCACGGGCAGCUAGGCCGCCCAGCGCCCUCCCAGGACGGCACCCCUGCGCCAGUGCACGGGCUGGAGCACCUGGAGGUGCUGCUGGUGGUGGCGGGGUCGCAGCAGGGCCUGGUGCUGUGCCGCGCACUGCAGGGCUCGGAAUCCGCCCUGGAGCCCCAGGAGUUUGACGACACACGCGUGCUAAAAAAGGAGCACGUGACGGCUGCAACACUGCCUGAUCCCGAUGCUUCUGCUCCUGCUGCUGUUCCUGUGCCUGGUGCUGCUGGUGCUGUUGUUGGUGCUGGUGGCGGUGCUGGUGGUGUGGGAGCAGGGUUGGGUGCAGCAGGGGAAGCGGCAGGGGCUGUGGCCGGGGGCGGGGGCGGGGGAGGAAGUGCGGGGGAGACGUGGCCGGAGAGAGUCAGGGGAGGGGCGUCAGGGGCAGAGCAGGGGGGCACGGGGGGCGAGGGGGCAGUGGCGCGGGACGUGUGGAUGAAGUUCGGGGAGGAGUUCAAGAUGCUGCCCCGGCAGGGCAUGGACAGCAGCAUGCGGAACCCAUGCUGGCGCGUGCAGGCGGGGGGUGCGGGGAGUGGGGGAGCGGCAGGAGCUGAGGUGCACUGCCUGCCGUACUUCUUCAUCAUCGGUGCCACGAGGGCGGGCACGCAGGACCUGUACCGCAAGCUCACCUCCUCCAUCAUCCCGGGCAUAUUCCCAGCCGCCAUCCCCAACCCCCAGUGGUGGGACCGCAACGGCGCACGGGACUUUGCGUGGUACGUGUCGCUCUUUGACGAGGCAGCGCAGCACAUGGUGAACACGGGGGGCAGCGCGGUGACAGGCGAGGCGUCCAGCACGCUGCUCACAAGCUCAGGCGUGGUGCUGCGAGGCCACGUGGACGACAGGCACACGGUGCCGCAGCUGCUGCACCUGGUGCUGCCCAGGAGCAAGUUCAUUGUCAUUCUCCGGAACCCUGUGGACCGGUUCUUCUCCGAGUUUAACCUCGCUGCCGGUGUCAACCCCUCGCCCUCCGUUCCCAGGGACUUUCAUAAAUACGCUGUGGCGGUGGUUUCCUCUACAGCCAGGCGUCUUGGGAGAGCUGCUCGGCUGUUGGGGUUUGGGUUGAAGAGCGGGAAAAGAGCCGCGAUGCUAUGGUGCAGUGAGCCACUGGUGGCACUGAGUACGUGCGCUGUUGCGGCCGUUAACGCCAGGUGGCUGGGAAACUGCUCGGCGGCUGGGUCUGAGAGGCCGAGACCGUCCAGGGAUGUUGGGAGGGAGGUCUGGCGCCAAGGGAGGUCUGGCGCCAAGGGAGGCUGA